AUAAUUUUUAUUAAUAUUUCGGAAAUUAAUAAAUAUCUAAAGCCAAAAGUUUAUAUUACAGUCUAUCUCCCCUCCCUAUUACCCUUCUUAAAUUUCAAGUCCAUCAGUUACCAGUGCUUCGGAAAUAAAGCAAAUCUGCAGAAAUUAAUUUUUAUGUUUACAAUUCAUAUAUUUAUAACAAGAAAUUUUAAUAUUACGAAAGAAAUUGUAAACUUACCUUUAUGACAAUUUUUUUGCCAUAUGAUAUGUGUAGAAGUUAUAUAUUUUCUACUUUAGAAUACAUUUAAAUAUUAUAGUAUAUAAUAACAUAAUAGAAAAGUGAUCUUUGAUAUGUAAUUAAUUUUAUAUUUUAUUCAAUGAAAAAAAAACUUGCCUUAUUAAAGAUAAAAAUUUGAAAAACAUCAGGUGUGAAUUUAUUAAAAACAAAUUUAAACUGUUAAUAUGGGUUCUGGACAAAGUGCACGUAAACUUACUAUAAAUAAUGAAGAAAUAGAUGUUAUAGAAAUAUCAGAGUCUGUUGUGGAACGAUUAACUCAAAAAAUGAAUGAAGAAAAACCUAAUGUAGCAAAUGAAGUAAGAUCUGCUACUUUAACAGAUUCUAAAAAGACUGCAUCUUCACAAUUAUCUCAGAGUGAUAUACCGGUGAAUGCUGGAUAUCCCAUAUAUCAGCCACAAUUAACUUUAACUGCUCUUCAAAUACAGCAACAGAAAGAAAAAGAAUUUCGAAAUCAGGAUAAUUAUUGGCAAAAACGUUUGCAGGAUUUGGAACAAAAACAUUCAGAAAUUAAUAAUAUUAUUAAUGCAGAAUAUAAAAAAGCUGCAGAGCAAUUAAAUGCCAAUGAUAAGGAUGGCAUAAAUGCUCAAGAUACUAUUCAACCAUGUAAAAGCAAUUCUGAUAAAGUGUUCAAAUGUUAUCAAGAUUAUCCUAAAGAAAUUUUAAACUGUUCUAGUUUAGUUGAAGAAUUUUCUAAUUGUGUAGAUCAACGCCGAGCACAAGUGAUUGCAGCACGUUAAUGUAUUUUAAUAUUAAAUCAUUGAUAGUCUAACCAAAUGUAAUGUAAAUUUAAUAAUAAAUUUUAGUUUUUGAAAAUAAAUUAUACGAUAUAAUCAGA